GCGUGUUUCAAACGGAAUCCUUUGCCUCCCCCCACGACGACGAUCGAAAACUAUCGAGGAUCGAGAGGACGGAUCCAGACGAGCAGAUCCGCGGGGGGAGGCAAGGGGGAAACCGCUCAACGGUUACGUGAUUGACAUUGCUUUCCAGCUACGACACAAGUCGACAUUGGGUGCUUUUCAGCUACGACACAAGUCGACACUGUGUAAAACAGUGUCCAUUAGUGUAAGAAGAAAAUUUUAGUUGUCUUACUCACACUAAUGAACACUGUGUUACACAGUGUCAACUUGUGUCGCCGGAAAGCACCUAUAGCGUCUUCAAUUGCAGUGAGUUUUACCCCAAGUUCGUCGCAAUUUGCCGAAAUCGUCCAAUCGGAACGGACGAUCGUCCGUUCCGACUGGACGAUUCCGGCAAAUGGCGACAAACCUGGGUUAAAACCAAAGAGAUUAGUUUAAACUCACUGCAGUCGAAAACGCUAAAUAGAGCUCCAGGGGGUAUACCCCACGGUUAUAAAGCCAGCAGCGAAUCGUGGCAGUUAGUGGUAUGGUGGCAUCAGGUGGCAACGAGAACGUCGAGAACAGAAGAGUUCGUCGAGUUAAAUGAUCAGUUUCAGAUUGUCCGCCCCCACCCCUGGUGAUUAUUGGAGACCAAUUCAAUCAAAAAAAGAAGUCAGCUUGACAAAGCGACACUUCAAAAUGAAUGGACACCGAAAAUUGAAUGAUGGGACCGAUGGUUCAACCGAUGGUACGGCUGAUUCGACGAUUCCCACCUCUCUCGAUAUAUAUACCACUCCGAUCGCGAAGCUGAAUGGGCGAGAUAGCGGGGUGAUCAAGGCGCGGGAAAUUGAGAAAUCUCAAGUCAAACUAUGGAAUAACAAUCGUGGAAGAGGCAAAUACUUUUUUAUCACGUUAAUCGACGCGAGCGGUAAGAUAUCAUGUACCGCGUUCCAAGAUAUGGUAGACAAAUUUUUCAACUUGAUAGUGGUUGGAAAUGUGUAUCACGUCUCGCGAUGUCAUUUGAAGAAAGCUGAUAAACGGUUCAAUACCACGAAGAAUAAUUAUGAAUUGAUCGUGCAUUUCUUCACGAGGCUCGAACCUUGUCACGAUCAUUACAGCGUUCCAACGAUAUGGUUCAAUUUCUCAACUAUAAAUCAAAUUAAAAGCAAAAAAAAUAAGUGACUUACUAGGUAAGAGCGUUAUGCUUACGAGAACUAAUUUGUAAUUCUAAUAAAUAUUAAUUUUAGUUUAUAUUAAUAUUUGUCGUUUAACGAACAAAUGAGGAAUCUUUAUUCGAUCCUCUUAGGGUUACGAAUCUUUUCUACAUCCUCCGCUGUCUCACAUCUGUCUCUAUCUUACGUCUAUCUUAAAAUUAUCUUACCGCUAACCUACAGCUAUUUCCUAUACACACACGCCCGGAACUUCCUCGUUUUUGUCGCAACCGUUUCCCGUAUUUUAAAUCUUACCCGAAAUCGUUAACGCCCAUUUCCGGCGUAGACAUCUCUUUCUUUCCUUCGCACUCACAUUCCUCCCUCUCUCUCUCUCUCUUUCUCCCGCUUUCGUUGCCAUCCUCUCUUCGCUCCUAUUCCCGACUCCCCCUCCUCCUUUCUCGCUUCCGCCCCGCCAUCCUCUCCUACGUCUCCGCCUUCUCACUCUCCUCCCUUCAUGCUAUUACUACCCUCUCUAAACCUCUCCAAUUUCCUCCAAUCUUCUCCGUCUCCAUUCUCUCCCAAACCCUUCUCCGCCGUGUCCUCCCAAUUUCCCUCUGCACCUGAAGUUCCACACUCCUCCCAUACGAUCCACGUAACAUAUGUUGGAUUAGAGUUAAAUUAAUAACUUCCGAAAAAGUCGAUUUUCUGCAUAUAUAGGUGAGAUGCUGAUCUUUUUCGAAGAGUUCUGUGUAGGAAAAAAUAUUUUUCCUACAGUUCUCAACACAUUAAAGCGUUUUCUGAAAAGUUCCGGUCGAUUCCGAUAUUAGUUAAGCAACAAAAAAUUAAUAACUUUCGAAAAAGCCAAUUUUCCGCAUAUAUAUAGAACAAUACCGCACUCUGGUUGAAGAAUAUAUACCAUACGAACGAUGUGACUUUCAAAGUUUAAAAGGCUUCCUAAAUAGUAUUCACGGUAUAGAUAUGUGCAUUAAAGAGACACUAAAGAAUUAUAUAAAAUAAAUUGGGACAAACAUUUGCAUAAUCAAGUUAAUAAUUCCAUAGAA